AUGUUGGCAGCAGCCAAUGCAGCGGCAGCAAGUCUAAGUGAGUUGAAGCUCAAUUCUGUUUAUGUCCAGCGCAGAGUGACCAGUGGUGGAAAGAUGUCCAUUAGGUCUUCGAUCUCUGUGUGGAGAGCGGCCAACAACAUCGAGCUGAAGCAGGACGAUGCUGUCGACGCCAAGUUCCUCCUGCACAUCGAGCACUUUUGUCCGCCUGCCUACUCCUCCGCCAUCCAUCCGGAAGCCAUGGCGCUCAAGGCCCAGAUCAUGGAGGCCUUUGACUACGCCCUGGUGUUCCCCGAUCACGCACACAUCCUCACGGCAUUCAACCUGCUGAAAUCAUUCGUCAUGCUCAAGUAUCCUCUGCACCGUGACGAUCGUGAGUGUCUCAUUGCCAAGCUAUUCACGUUGCUCUACGAUCAUUGUAAAUAUACUUCCCUCGUGUCAACAACAUGCGCUUCAUUGGCCAACCUUAUUACAGCUGGACGACAACAGAUUGAUAUAGUAAUCGAUUGGCGUCCACUAUCCGACCUCUUCAAGACCACCUUCCGCUUUGCAUCCGAAGGUACCUCCUACGUCGACAUUGACGACUCUGACAAGACUAAGUUGCAAACCAACUUGAUCAGCCUUGUGAUUGCCUGUCGUCCAUUCUUUGCAAUUGACUCAUUCGACCAGAUUAUGAGUGAAGCCAAGGACUGGAUGUGUCCACACUCAACAUCGAUGUUCAUGGGCAUCUACACACUGUCUUACUUCUUGCCUGCGCACCACCUGGUCGAGCUGAAGGAGGUGCCGCACUGGGUGUUGGAAUUCUUCACAUACUGGGAGCAGAUCGAGCAUAACGUCGGCUGGGACGAGCGCUGGGUCAAUCUGUUCUGGCGCAUCAUCAAGCACGCGACCAACAUCGACUGGGCACCGUAUGCCCCGCGUCUCUACACUCACUUCCUCAAGAUCAUCGAUCUCUCCAUUGGCAACCCCAAGUUCUCGCAUCUCAAGCCCAUCAAGCAUCACAUCCCCUCCACCUUUGUCAUCAAGCGUGUCGAAUCGUUGGAGUACACAGCCAUUGGCGGUCUGGCUGUGACUCUUCUAAAGUACAACACAAUCGAGUUGCUUCAGAAGCUAUUAUCAUCAAUCUCUACAUACUUCCAUCCAAGCAAUCAAGGUGAUUGGACAGCAUCCUUGCUUGAGGCCAUCGGCUCGUUAUCCCACUACUUUGCAAAGUACCAUCACAAGACUCCAUAUCCUUCCGAGCUCGUGGAACAAGUUGUGGACACUGUGCUACCUCAUAUUACCUCCACCCUCUACUCAAAGAAGAAGAACAUAACAUUGAGUGCCUGCAAGAUCAUCAAGGAGUUGGCAUACCUUGCACCACAAAAGGUAUUCCCCAAGUUGUUGGAGCGUGUAUACGCGUCAGUUGGUGGCGAGGAGGUACAUCGUAUUGUGAGUGAGUUGGAGGUGGUAUCCACUUGCUUCCACCCUUUAAUAUCACAGCCAGAGGCGUAUCCCGAGGGUAUAUCACAUGUUUACAAUUUGUUGGAGUUGGCCAGCUCAUCGAUCGACUCGAGCUAUCCCAAUAAGGCCUCGGCAGCGUUCAAGUUCCUCAAUCGUAUCUUCCAAUGUGUGUUGCUCAACGACGAGACCGUGCACAACGAACAAGAGGACUAUGCCAGCGAGCACGAGAAGCAAGCAGCCCUGUCCACCUCAUCAUUCCUCGACUGGUCACUCCUGUUGCUUGACUCUGUACUAUCAUUUAUCAAGGACUCGGCGACCAAGAAGGAUAUCGCGGGACGCAAGAGACAGAUGCCCACUGGCCUGUUCCUGUGGGAGACGAUGGAGCUGUUCUUCAGCCAGAUGUCCGACGACAUCUAUUCGGCCGUGCUGGAGAAGCUGGCUAAGUUCUUCUCCAAGAGCUACUACCCAGACUACUACAAGCAGUACAGUAUCAUUUUGAUGGCGGCCACACUGAGGAACCCUUCAAAGGCAUUGGCGAGAUUCCUGCCAAUAUUCCUCAACAAGGUGCUCAAGAAGCAAGAGGGCAAGUACCAGCUGCGCGACUGCUCCGACGAGGAGUACCGUUGGUACCUGUCUCUCGUUGGCUACUCGGUCUUCAAGACGGGCAACUCACUGCCCGAGCACAAAGACACCAUCAUCAGCGUGUGCAAGGUGUUGAUGGAGUCUGGCAACAAGGUGUUGGUGAAGCAGGCUGCCAAGAUAGUGCGCAAGUCCAUCUUCUCACUCACCCGUUACUAUCCAUCCAACAACCGAUCCAUCCCCAAGACCCUUCUUGCUGAGCAGGACUGUCACAUCAAGUACUGGGGACAGACCAACGAAGGAUGUUACCCAAUCGAAUGGUUCCAACCUAACGAGAACACCAUCCAGUUUGCCAAGGAGUUGAUCGAGUUGUUUGCGAUCCAGAGAGUCGCCGAGCUUGACAAGUACAUCGAUGAGAUCAAGACCAAUCCAUCAUCAUACGAUCGUAUGAAGGUAUACAACUACACUAAGGGAUUGUCGAGUGUGUUGCGAACAGCCAUGUUUGUGGUCGAGGACACUGAUCUGGCAGAGCCUGUGCAUGUUCCAGAGUCCAAGUACAACCCGCCUCCAAUCCCCAUCACCCACGGCAGAGUGACAAUCAAGGAGUUGGGCGACCUGACCAGCAAGAUAUACCAUGCCAUCGACAAGCUGCACACAUACAUGGAGAAGGAGAAGGACGACGAGGUGUUGAUCCUGAAACAGAUCGUCAAGGUCUACUACGUGCUUCAGUACGGCAUCAAUGAUGUGCACGACAAGAACUCGGACGUGUUGCACGAGAAGUGGUUCACACUCAAGAAGCUCAAGACCAGGAACAUGUUGGUGUUCAAGUCGUUCAAGGAGCAUCUCACGCGACAGAAGCUGUUCCACCAUAGACUGCCCGUGACCAAGUGUCUCAAGAGCACACUGAGUGCCCUGAACAGAUUGGCCGUGCACAACUACGUGCAGGUGAGGACCAUUGCCCAGGAGGCGAUCCAGCGUGUGCUGCUACAUCAUCCAUCCGUCUAUCACAUCUAUAUCCCGACAAUCCUCGACCUGUAUGAAAGCCUUAAAUCAGAGGAGGUCAUCAAGGGUACCAUCCAUCUCUUCUUCAAGAAGCAGAUGAUGAAGAGGCUCAGGACCAACUUUGCCUAUGUCCAACGUAUCUUCUCGACCUACGUGGGCAUCCCCCAAGAUGCCAAGCUCAGGCCAUCGACAAGGGAGCAGUUCAGCAACUUUAUCCAACACUUUGUAUUGAACAACUCUGACCCAACAAUCGUGCGACAGUACUCCAACGUGAUGAUCAAUGUCUCAUUGAACACGACUGACAUCCCCAAUGAUGUGAUCAUCAAGGAGAAGGCAUACGUGGACAAGAAGAAUGAGGAGAGCAUCCACUCGGUCAUCACAAUGAUUGGCGUGCUCAAUGAUGCACUGUUGCUUCACCAGAAGAAGGACCAUCUCAAUUGGAAGGACCAUCUCAUCUUCCAGAACUUUGCCACCUACUUGGUGGGCGUGUCGCUGCGCCAGCUGAGGGACAGCUACGAGGGCAACUGUCUGAACAUUGCCAAGUUCACCAAGAGCUUCCAUGCGUUCAAGAACACGCUGGACUGUACAUUCUACAACCUGGCCUGUGACUAUCCAAUCUCGCGACUGCACUCUGUCAACCUGCUGUCCAGUCUGUUCCCCGCCCAGGACAUGACCUACUUUGAGAAGUGCAGCGAGAACUACUGGAUCAAUCAUACCAAGGCACAGAAGCCCGUCAAGACCGCGCAGGUCAAUGAGAUUGCCAAGAAGCUGGCCGUGACAUCCGUGCAGGAGAACCUGAAGGAGCUCGUCAACAAUGAGUUCCUCGACAAGAUGAUCCACUACCUCUCUCUGGAUCAAGAUGCCGAGAGUCAGUCUUACAAGCUAGCCGCCAAGGUAUCACAGAAGCUGAUGACAGCCAUGUGGCCACACUCAAGACAUUGGUUGCCCUCAUUCGGAUUCGUAAUCCAGUUUGCAACGUUGUUCUAUGGUCUGACGAUCAUUCGCGAGGAGACAUUCUUUGAGCUCAUCAAGCCAUACAUUGAGAAGCUCAGAACAAGGACGGACAAGGAGGAUCAGAAUGUGUUGGCCGAGAUCAUUGGCGGCCUGGGCCGCUACUAUGCCACCACGCCCGACACCCCACGCACACCAGAGGUCAUCAGCUACCUGUCCGACCUGCUCUACAACUCUUUGAGCACCUGCUCUAAUGAGUUGACCGACUCUUGGAUGACAUGCAUUCGUUACAUGUCCUACAACACAAAGGUGCACCGACUGAAGUUCCUCGAGGAUACGCUGUUCAGACUGACCGAGGGCAACUCGCCGGAGAACAUCUCGUCGCAGUCCAAAUCGCUCAAGUUCCUCAAGGCACUGAUGUUUGAGUACACGUUCAAGUCCAAGCCAUACCUGGAUCGUGUGCUUGUCAUUGCCCAGAAGGAGUUCUCCAACCCGUACAAGCAGGUCAGAGACGAGGCCUUCAGACUGUUCACCCAUGUGCUGGUAUAUCAGACACAGUUCCAGGACAAGGACGGUAAUCUGGUCGUACUCCAGCCGCCAACUUUGCCAGCCGAUUCGAUUGCAGCCAUUGACGUCCUCAUCAAGGAUGCCACGGACGCCUCCAAGGUUGUCGAUGGCAAGAACAUCACGAGGGAGACACUGAUCGCCAUGGUCGAGUACACAUUCUCCAGAGGUUUCUCCAACACACUGUUGCGUCUUGUGCCCAAGUUGCUGCCCGUGAUCAUCUCAUUCACAGCCGACACCAACCAGGACACAUCAUCCCUGGCAACAAUCUGUGUGACCUCAAUGGCUCAGGGCUUCUACUCUGACUCGAAGCUACUUGAUGAGAUCAUCAACAGCGUCAAGAGCAUCACGUCCACAUCAUGGAGAGUGCGCCGUGCCACAUUGCCCUUCCUCCAGAUCCUGUUCUUCAAUCACUCGAUCCUCUUCACUCCCCAACAGAUCGACUCUGUAUACAACAUUGUUCUGGGCUAUGUCAAUGACCCUCAGAUUGAAGUCCGCGAGUAUGCCAAGAACACCCUUACCUCAUUGCUCAAGUCCAGCAAACAUGAUACUGCUCGAAUCAAAGCACUCAUUUCCAACGCAACCACUCAGUUAUCACAAUCAAAGACUACAUCGGCCAAUGCAUCACAGAAGCAUCAGUACAUAUUGACACUGAGUUCAAUCGUCCUGUCCAGUCCCUACCAAAUACCAACAUAUUUCCCAGAGGUACUGGAUCAUUUAUCCAGAUAUUCUUCUUCCAUUUUCCCAUUGAGUAACACUGUACAGAAUACACUGUCUGAAUUCUGGCUGACACAUAAGGAUACUUGGGAGGAGGAGAAGCUAAACUUCACCGAGGAUGAGAUUGAAAAGAUGCAUGACACUGUAGCAUAUCCAAGUUACUACGCAUAA